GACUAAGAGUGCCUAGGGAGGUGUGUUAUAUUUUUUCGUAUUAGAGCCAAGGUUUUGCUAAUAUAUUGAUCUGUCAUAUGAGUUAGAGUCUAGUGUCAUAGGAUUAGAUUUUGCCUAACUAUUAGUUUUGCACUCUUUGUUUGUAUCAGUACCGGAGAAGGAAGAUGAGUCAAGGAGACAAUACUUCUACUCCUCCUGCUGCUGAUGACGUGAAUGCCCGAAUGGAUAUAAUGCAAAAGGCCAUUACGGAUAUGAGUUCCAUCUUUAGGGAUUAUCUUCAACAUCAGAACAACAAUAAUGCCCCACAAAACACUGGUGGCAAUUCACAGCAAACAGUGGACUCUAGAGAAGGAAAUGAGCAGUUGACAUUGGUGAAGCAAUUUCAGAACAUGAACCUGCCUAGCUUCAAGGGAGUUCCUGAUCCCGAUGUGGCUGAGUCUUGGGUUAAGAACUUAGAAAAGAUGUUCAAGCUCCUGAAAUGUACUGACGGGCAAAAAGUGGAGCUAGCAGUGUCCACAUUAGAAGGUGAAGCUGAUGAUUGGUGGACAACUGCUCAAGAUGGGUUUUCUAGGAGAGGGGAGGAGCAAGAUGACAUGACAGUUGAUGAGUAUCAAGCUAAAUUUAGUUCUCUUAUGAAGUUUGCUCCUCACCUUGUUAAUGAUGAAGUUAAAAAGGUAAGGAAGUUUCAAAGAGGGUUGAAAGCUUCCAUUAGAAACAAGGUGGUUCCUCAAAUGCUAAAGACUUAUGAUGAGGUCUUGGCCACGACUCAAAUAAUUGAGCAAGAUAUGGAGGAGCAAAGAAUGGAGACUCAUGACUCAAAAGGCAAGGGAAAGGCGAUCAGCACCCAGCCUUUCAACAAGAAGCCUGAACAAAGGGGAAAAAGGAAGAUCCCUGAAAGCGAUCGACCAAGUUUUGAUUUUUGUAAGAGGUGCAGUAAGAACCAUGGGGGAAAAGAAUGUUAUUGGCAGAUUGGGGCAUGUUUCAAGUGUGGGAAGACUGACCACUUGAUCAAGGAUUGCCCGGUUCUCAAGGGAGCAAUUAGAAAAGGUAAAAUACCUAUCUCUUUUGGGAAUGCCCAUGUGUUGAUUGACUAUGGAUCUACCCACUCAUUUGUGUCACCUAAAUAUGUGCCAUUUUUGCAUGUGGAGCCUGAGACCCUUGAUUGUGUGCUUGUGGUGAAUACUCCUUCUAAGGAGCAAGAGCAUUAUGGAUAUCUGGCAUAUGUUUUUGAAUCUAAAGACAAGCCGGUGUCUGUAGAAGGAAUUUGGGUAGUGGAAGACUUUCCUGAUGUUUUCCCUAAGGAGUUGCCUGGGUUACCUCCAAAUAGGGAGAUUGAGUUUACUAUAGAUCUUAUGCCUAGUACUGCACCAAUAUCCCAGCAACCUUAUAGAAUGGCCCUAGCAGAAUUGAUUGAAUUGAAAAAGCAGUUGCAAGAGCUUCUUGAUAAGGGGUUCAUUAGACUCAGUACUUUUUCCUGGGGUGCUCCGAUUCUUUUUGUGAAAAAAAAAGAUGGCUCACUUAGAUUGUGCAUUGACUAUAGACGGUUGAAUCAAGUCACUGUCAAUAAUAAAUAUCCUUUGCCAAGGAUUGAUGAUUUGUUUGAUCAGUUACAAGGGGCUCGUGUCUUUUCCAAAAUGGUUAAACCCGAGGAUGUGAUGAAGACUGCUUUUAGGAGCAGAUAUGGGCACUACGAGUUCUUGGUAAUGCUGUUUGAUUUAACCAAUGCCCCUGCAGCUUUUGUGGAUCUUAUGAAUAGGAUCUUUCAGUUGUACUUAGAUAAGUUUGUCAUUGUCUUCAUUGAUGACAUUCUUAUCUUUUCUCCUGAUGAAAAGAGCCAUAAGGAGCAUCUUGCCAUUAUUAGCCUUCUGGGUCAUAUUGUCUCGAAGGAUGGCAUAUCAGUUGAUCCUAGUAAAGUGGAAGCAGUUGUAAACUGGGAAAGGCCGAGUAAUGUCACCGAAGUGCGGAGUUUUCUUGGACUAGCGGGAUAUUAUAGAAGGUUUGUGGAGGGAUAUUCAAAGAUUUCUGGUCCGUUAACACAACUUACUCGUAAGAAUCAGAAGUUUGAAUGGACAGAUAAAUGUGAGCAAAGCUUUCAAGAGUUGAAGAACAGAUUGGUUAGAACACCAAUUCUUGCUAUUCUCGACAAUGGAGGAAACUUUGUGGUAUAUACCGAUGCUUCUCACAAAGGCUUGGGUUGUGUACUUAUGCAACAUGGACGGGUGAUAGCUUAUGGGUCUAGAGAGCUCAAGACACAUGAGAGGAAUUACCCUACACAUGAUUUAGAACUUGUUGCCAUAAUUUUUGCACUUAAGUUGUGGAGGCACUAUUUGUAUGGAGAAGAGUUUGAGGUGCACACUGAUCACCAAAGCUUGAAAUAUUUAUUUUCACAAAAAGAGCUUAAUUUGAGACAAAGAAGAUGGAUGGAGUAUCUGAAUGACUAUAAAUGCAAAAUUAUCUAUCAACUUGGAAAGGGAAAUGUGGUUGCAGAUGCACUUAGCAGAAAAUCAAUUGGCACUUUAGCAAGCUUAAUGGUGAUGGAGUGGAAACUCCUAGAAGAAUUCCAGAAUUUGAAUGUCAGGUUUUUGCCACCAAUGUCUGAUGUACUAGUGUCUAGUCUAAUGGUUCAACCUACGCUGUUGUCAAAGAUCAAGGAAGCACAACAGAAAGAUUCAAGAUUGAUGGAGUGGAUGAAGGACAGUGGAAAAAGCUCCAAAAUGGGUCUUCAUAUUUCGGAUGAUGGAAUCAUAAGACUUGGAGAUAGAAUUUGUGUUCCAUAUGAUGAAGGGUUGAGGACGGAAUUGCUCCAAGAAGCACACAAAUCCAAUUAUACCAUUCAUCUUGGGAGUACCAAAAUGUAUCAUGACUUGAAAGAGACAUUCUGGUGGAAAAGCAUGAAGAAGGAUAUGGCUCAAUAUGUGUCCAAAUGCUUGACUUGUCAAGUGGUAAAAGCAGAGCACCAGAAGCCAAGAGGGCAACUUCAACCUUUGCCUAUACCGGAGUGGAAGUGGGAAGCCAUCUCAAUGGACUUCAUUGUGGGAUUGCCGAAGACAAGAAGGCAAUUUGGUGCAAUUUGGGUGAUUGUGGACAGAUUAACAAAUGAGCAUUGUGCCUUAGAUUUGCCUGAGAGUUGGGAUGAUCAUCUUCCAUUGGCAGAGUUUGCUUAUAAUAAUAGUUAUCAUUCCAGUAUCAAAAUGGCACCUUAUGAGGCUCUUUAUGGCAGGAGAUGUAGAACUCCAAUUUGUUGGGCAGAAGUUGGUUAUGGAAGGGUAAUAGGGCCUGAUUUUGUGCAGCAAACAACAGAAAAGGUGAAAUUAAUUCAGCAAAGGCUUAAAGUGGCUCAAGACAAACAAAAGAGUUAUGCAGACAAUAGAAGGAGACCUCUGGAAUUUGAAGUUGGAGAUCAUGUAUUUUUGAAGUAUGAGCUGGAUCCUUCACAUGUCAUAAACUAUGAACCAUUAGAGUUGAAGGAAGAUUUGAGUUACACCGAACAGCCAAUAUAGAUUUUGGAUAGAAAAGAAAAAGUUUUGAGGAACAAGACUGUGUCUUUAGUGAAAGUGUUGUGGCGGCAUCAUUCUGAGAAUGAAGCUACAUGGGAACUUGAAAGUCAGAUGAGGGGGCAGUAUCCAAAUCUAUUUUGGUAAGCUAAAUGAUUUGGUGGGCCAAAUCCUUUUAAGGUGGGGAGGAUGUAACAACCCACAUACCUUAGUGAAUAAUUUAAAAAUUAGUGU